UCCCCCCCCUUUCGCGUCUCUAUCUCCCACCACCCGCGCUAUCGCUUCCAUCUGCGCUCUCCCGACUCUUGGCUCUCACAGCCCCGCCGCAUCCAUUAAAAAUGACUCGGAUCACCCGGAGACUUUGCGCCGGUGCCACAUAGACAGGAAGUGGCUUAUCCCUUUGUCUACACGCGGGCACGGUGUUCUUCCAAGGAAUUUUGCUCCAAAACGACUAUGCAUCUCACCACGCUGCUCUUGAGUGUGGCUCUAACAGGCGUCGCCAGAGCAUGCAGCUCUGGAUGCAACACUGAGAAUGGAUUUUGCGAGAAGACAGGGAAGUGCAGGUGCAAACCGGGCUGGCAAGGAGACGACUGCGAGCGCUGCAUCCCCUUCCCGGGUUGCUUGCACGGCUCCUGCGAGAAAGCGUGGCAGUGUAUCUGUCAGGAGGGCUGGGUGGGCAGCCUGUGUGACCAAGAUACUCGCCUGUGCUCAUCCAGGCCUUGUUCUGGGAAUGCCACCUGCAUAGAGACUGGAGAGGGGGGUUACCUGUGCAUCUGUCCCUAUGGAUACAUUGGUCCAACAUGUCACCUGAAGAAGAACCUCUGUCACUCUAAAGGCUCUCCAUGUCAGAACGGCGGCACGUGCAAGGACACGGACGACACCUUGGAAGUCCGCACUUCCUGUUUAUGUCCCCCGGGAUUUUCCGGCGACUUCUGCGAGGAACGUGCUGACAGCUGCCGACCCAGCCCGUGUCUGAACGGCGCCAACUGCACAAACAGCGGCGGGGCUUUCACCUGUUCCUGCCCGCCGGGCUUCGCCGGUUUAACUUGUAACGACACGGCGGGCCCCUCGCCGUGCGGCGGCAGGCCCUGCGCCAACGGGGCCACGUGCGCCGACCGACCCGACGGAACCUUCCGGUGCGUUUGUCCCAGAUGGUUUUCAGGCCCGCUGUGUUCCCUGCAGCACAAACCCAAACCCAAGCCCAAGCCGGCCGGCGCCAAGCCCGUGGACCACAGGGUGUUUGCCCUAACCCCGCAGCAUUACUCGCUCCCUGCGCACGCCUUCCACAAGCUGCUCCAACCGCCUGAGAGGGACCUGCUCAAGAUCACUCUGAAAGAGACGGUCCACCAUCCGGCGGGGGCCCUGUCCACGCACGGUCAGCUGGUGUGCUUCGGCAUGCUGGCCCUGCUCACCUGCCUGGUCGUCCUGCUCACCACGGGCAUCGUGCUGUUCGGCCGCUGCGAGGCGUGGAUGGCUAACGCCAAGUACAGCAAGCUGGUACGGCGGCAGCGCGAGCACCUACUGAGGGAGGUGGGCGGAGCCGGCCAGGAGGAGACGGAGCAUUCGGUGAACAUUAUCCUGCCCGAGAAGAUCAGACUGAACAGCUUUGGGAAGCAUUACACCUCCAUCUGACGUCUUGAAGGAGACACCAGUGAAUGUAUCGUGUAAAGUAGCAGGAAAAGUAGAUUGUGUACUUUUUCAAGUUAUACCAGUGGUUCUUAACCUGGGUUCUAUCGAACCCUAGGGGUUUGGUGAGUCGGCCUCAGGGGUUCGACGGAGGUCAAAACACACCCGACUCAUCGUGUAAAUAAAAACUUCUCCCUAUUGGCAUAUUACGGAUACGGCAACAGCAGAAGUCAGACUGAUUUGCAGGUGUGUAAUUUGGUUUGAGUUCAUGCACUGUGUUGGUUUUGUUGUUUGAACAAGGUGAUGUUCAUGCACGGUUCAUUUUGUGCACCAGUAAAAAAACAUGGUAAUACUUUAGUAUGGGGAACAUAUUCACCAUUAAUUAGUUGCUUAUUAACAUGCAAAUUAGUAACAUAUUGGCUCUUAAUUAAAGUUAAAGUUAAAGUUAAAGUACCAAUGAUUGUCACACACACUAGGUGUGGUGAAAUUUGUCCUCUGCAUUUGACCCAUCCCCUUGUUCACCCCUGGGAGGUCAGGGGAGCAGUGGGCAGCAGUGGUGCCAUGCCCGGGAAUCAUUUUGGUGAUUUAACCCCCAAUUCCAACCCUUGAUGCUGAGUGCCAAGCAGGGAGGUAAUGGGUCCCAUUUUUUUAAAUUUUGUUUUAUAGUUAGUCAUUAUUAAGUACUUAUUAAUGCAUACUUGCCAACCUUGAGACCUCCGA